ACUUAAUUUUUGACUCAAUAAAUCUGAAAGUUUAACAUUUAUUUUUAAAUCUUUUGUUGCAUACCUUAUAAACGGAGAUGCUUUACUAACUUUUAAAACCAGCAGAGUGAGGAGACGAAAACAAGACACAUGUAAUAACACCUGUGUUAUCUUGAAAUGACGAUGAAGAGCACAUUGAUAUUUUUCCUUAUAUCUCUAGCAACGGUUUCUUAUGCAGAAAAUCUAUGUUGUUCUUACCCGUGUCAAAAUGGUGGAGUGUGUCUUACAAAGGGAUUUAAUGAUUAUGAGUGUGAUUGUACAAGCACUGACUUCUUUGGAAGAUAUUGUGAAAACCCUACCUUUUUAAAGAGGAUAAAGUUAUGGUUGAAGCCUUCGCCGUCAACAUUACACAAUCUGUUGGUAGGGAAUAAAUGGUUCUGGAACAUUGUCAAUAGUAUACCCUUCAUGAGGAAAUUUAUCAUGAAGAGAGUUUAUACCAUUCGAUCAGACAUAAUUGAUAGUCCUCCUACAUAUGACAACGAACAUUCGUACAUCACCGUUGAUGCAAAUUACAACCUAUCGUUUUUUACAAGAACUUUACCACCAGUCCCUAUUGAAUGUCCAACCCCAAUGGGCGUUGCAGGAAUGAUUAAAUUACCAGACAUUGAUGAACUGGUUAAAAAAAUAUUUGUCAGGGAGAAGUUCAAGCCAGAACCACGCGGAACAAGUGCUUUGUUUAGCUUCUAUGCUCAACACUUCACGCAUCAGUUUUUUAAAACCGAUAUCGAACGUGGACCACAGUAUCAAUGGGGAGGUCAUGGGGUUGAUAUGACACAUGUGUACGGGAAAGACAAACACGAUGAACAUCUACUGAGAUCUCAUAAAGAUGGAAAAUUGAAAUUCCAAACUAUAAAGGAUGAAGAUUGGCCACAAUUUAAUAAGGAUGUCGGGGUUGAAAUGAAAUACAUCCUGCCAGUCCAAAAAGACAAUGACUUUGCCCUCGGUCACUCAUUUUUUGGUAACCUUCCCGGGCUUUUUAUGUAUGCUACAAUUUGGAUGAGAGAACAUAAUCGUGUGUGUGAUGUUAUGAGGAAGGAACAUCCAGAUUGGGAUGAUGAAAGACUCUUUCAGACAGGAAAACUGAUAUUAUUAGGGUCAAUGAUAAGAAUAACGGUUGAGGAAUAUGUACAACAGUUGAGUAAUUACAACUUCAAACUUCUUUUCGAUCCUACCUUGUUAUUUGGAGAACCAUUCCAGUAUCAGAAUCGUAUUGCAUUGGAAUUCAAUCACUUGUAUCAUUGGCAUCCAUUGAUGCCGGAUGAUUUUAAUAUUGGAGGGACAAAUUAUACUAUAAAGGACUUUUUGGUCAACCCGAAGCUUGUUAUAAAACAUGGAAUGGCUACCUUUGUGGACUCCUUGUCGAAACAAAAUGCUGGAUCUAUCACUGUGAAUAAUCAUGGGAAAUAUACAUUGGCUGUUGCAAAGGAAUUAUUGAAACAUGGCCGAACAUUACGUUUGCAAUCUUUUAAUAAUUAUAGAAAACGUUUUAAUUUACCAGCGCAUAAAUCUUUUCAAGAAUUAACAGGCAAUAAAAAGUUAGCCAAAGUAUUAGAAAACAUUUAUGGAGAUGUCGAUGCUGUUGAGUUUUAUGUUGGACUUAUAACUGAGAAACGUCGCCCAAAAGCUGUAUUUGGCGAAACAAUAGUUGAAAUGGGUGCGCCAUAUGCUCUUAAAGGAAUGAUGGCCAAUCCAAUAUGUAGUCCUAAGUAUUGGAAACCUUCUACUUUUGGAGGAGAUAUAGGCUGGGAAAUAGUUAAUACAGCAACAUUAAAGAAACUGUUUUGUCAAAAUUUAAAAGAAGAUUGUCCAGAAGUAUCUUUUAAAGUUCCUAACUUCGUAGAAGAACAAGACAAACCUCUCGAUUAUUGUGAUGGUGAAUGUGAACAACAUGGAGGUGAAUUGUGAUUCUCAGAUCCUUGUGUGGGUUUAUAUACACCUUUAUAUAAAUGCACGAAAUGUCGUUUGUUUCCGAUUUGAACCAAAUUCCAAAUAUUUGCAUAUAAAUUUUUUAUCAUUUCUUGUUGCUUAAAACAUUUUAUAUAAUGUGAACUCGUUUAUUUUCCUCAUGUGAAUCUUAAACAAUAUAAAUAAACUCAUCAUAGAUACCAGGAUCGAGACAGAAAAUCCACAUAGCGCAUUGUGAUAUUGAAGUUUAUUUCAUAUCACCGGCACCUCAAGAGUAUAUUGAUUCCAUAUGUAAAACCUAAACGACUAACAGUAUGGUAUAGGUGGUAAAGACUGUGAAUAAAAAAGUGGAGUACUUAAUAUAUGUUUAUCUUUUUUUUUUAUAUCUAUAUAGUUUUGCAAAUUUCAUUGUUGUAUUUUUAUCUAUACAUAGUUAUUUAUUUUUUAUUUUAAUCUCUAAUAAA